GUGGUCUAAGGCGCCAGACUCAAGUUCUGGUCCUCGAAAGAGGGCGUGGGUUCAAAUCCCACUUCUGACAACAUUUUCUCAAUCUGACUUUAAUUUGGCCCAAAGCCCAAAAAGUGACCUAGUUUUUGUUAUUGGCAGAAUGGUGACUGAACAGAAACCCGAAAUAUAAUUUACAGCAAAACCAAAGCCCAAAAUUUGACCGAAACAUCAAUAUCCACGUCAAACAAAAGCAACAGCGAACCAAAUUCUUUACGUGGUCUGUUGUGGUCUCAAAAUUUCAGUUCUGCUUAAUUAUAGCCGUUUUUCUGAAACUAGGAUUUUGUUGUAAACAUGGCAACAAGCACCAGAGAAAGUCGGCGUAGGAAAAUCCUUGAAAGAGGAUCCGACCGCUUGGCUUUUAUUAUGGAUCAAGUCCAAGGUCUGGAUCCUCACUCUUAUGACCAAACCGACAGCGACCCUCCUCCGCCGUUGGUUCUCCACGAUCAAGAUCCACCACCCAACUUCUCAUGUCAAUCCUCCGCCGCCGCCGCCGUUUCCCCUUGUGCGCAUGAUAAAGCCUGUAGUCCUGUGUUGCCAAAACAGGAUCCUAGUUUUGAUGCUGAUCUGAGUCGUACCGGAACUGGUGAGGGAUCCAUAUCGCACAGAGGCAGGACAAGCGUUGAGCCUUCAAAAGACCCUGCCUUGGAUGCAAGUGAUGAAGCAAACUCAUUGCCAGUUCCAUUGGAUGAUCAAAGUUCAUUUAUUUCUACUUCAGGAGUGGUACAGCGUUCACGGCAACAAAACUUUUUCACUCCUAAGCAAAUAAGUUCUGCGAUUGAUGCAUCUGAGAAGACACGCCUUUUAUGUUCAGCCAUUGUGGCCGUUUUAGUUUUAUUGUUACAUUUUGGAUUUUCUCUUCUAGGAAACAGAUUCUUAGGAACCAUUAUUAGCUUUAGGCCUCUUUACUUCAUUUUGUUGACCGAUGUAACAUUGGUGAUCUUGCGACUUCUUUUUGCUGAUGGCGGAAGUUCCCAGAGAGCUAUUGGAGAAGUUAAUAAAGCGGCUUCUACAGAUGACUAUAGUUGGGCUGAGCAAUUAAGCAAUACUUUGGAGGUAGGAUUGGUAGCACAGAAGGUGAUUGAUGCAGUGUUCAUGGAUUGCAGUGUAUAUGCAAUAAUUGUCAUAUGUGGCCUCUCCUUCACAUAGCAAUUCAGCAAGCAUAUUUCUGUUGAUUAGUUUCAGGAUACGUUAGGGUCUUAUGUUGUAUGUUUUGGCUCCCCACUGAACUUUCCAAGUUGAAUAGAUAUUCUUUCGGGUACU